CUCACAACAACGACAUAAAGCUGGGUCGUAUUGUAUGCGAUCACGAGARACGUCGCUUGCUAGCUAUUAGAUACAUAGCCUACUAACUACAACAAUCUACCAAAUGUGCUAAUGGUAGGGUUAUGUUGAAUUGGCUCGUGCUGAUAAYUUAUUGACAGAGAGAGCGUGCGGAAGAAAAGUUACCAUAUGGACUUUUGAAGAAGAGUAGCCGAAAAGUGCUUGUCCAACAAAAGCCUGGGGGUCUCUAGCUAUAUUCUAUGCUUUAUGUAUUUGCUUAGCCAUCUCAGAAAUGUCUGGUCGACGCAAGAAGUGUAACUGUUGGAAUAAUCUGAUCUCAUUGCAUUGAGUGCUGUGUAGCGACCUGGGACAUCUACCAAGAGGUGGUGCAAGAAUAAUAUAAUCAUGGCAGACCUCAGGAUUUACAACGUUGUCAUUCUGGGACUAGGAUUUCUGUUAAUUUUCACUGCCUUCACCACCUGUGGAAACAUUGAACAAACCAUAGUUAAAAGCCUGGACAAUGAUACCUUCACUGGAAGUGGUUAUCACAGCCUUGGAAUCAUCUAUGGAAUUUUUUCGUUUUCAAAUUUGUUAGCUCCAACUGUUGUUGCAAUAAUUGGACCACAGUUUACAAUGUKUUUCAGUGGAAUUCUUUACAGUGGUUACGUAGCUGUAUUCAUCACCCCAUCAACAUGGUCCUUUUACUUCACCUCAGUACUAAUCGGCAUAGGAGCAGCCAUGCUUUGGACAGCCCAAGGACACUUCCUUGUGGAGAACUCUGAUGCUUCCACCAUCAAUAGGAACACAGGGAUGUUUUGGGCCCUUUUACAGUGCAGCAUGUUAUUUGGCAAUCUUUACAUUUAUUUUGAUUGGAAUGGAAGGCUAGAAAUAUCAGAUAGGAGCAGAAAGACUAUCUUUACAGGUCUGCUGGUUACCUCAGUGCUGGGAACACUCAGCUUCCUGGUUCUGAGAAAGACUCUUCCAACAGAGGAGGAGAUGCUCAAUGAGGAGGAAGGCCAGCCGUUGCUCUCGUCUCGCAUGAUGUAUAAGCAAAGAGCCAACUCUGCAGUACAAGAUGCAAAGUCAGARUUCAAGACAAUCCUGCAACUGCUCAAAACCAAAACMAUAUUGCUCCUGAGCUGUUGCAUGGCAUACAGUGGUCUGGAGCUAUCUUUCUACAGUGGUGUGUAUGGGACAUGUAUCGGGGCAACAACAGAGUUUGGAGCGGCAGCUAAAGGCUUGAUUGGGAUCUCCGGAAUCGUGGUGGGGAUUGGAGAGAUAGUUGGUGGAGGCGUCUUUGGACUAGCAUGUAAGAACAACCGAUUCAGACGGACAUCUGUAGUCUUCCUGGGGAUGGUCGUCCAUUUUGUCGCCUUCUACUUGAUCUACCUCAACAUCCCAGAUGAUGCCCMUGUGGUUUUAAAAACUAGCACACUGAACAAGCCAUAUCUGACACCAAGUAUCUCCAUCGCAUUGCUGUGUAGUUUCCUGCUUGGACUCGGUGACAGCUGUUUCAACACUCAACUGUACAGCAUCUUGGGGCGUGUUUAUGCUGAGCAAAGCGCGCCUGCUUUUGCCAUCUUCAAAUUCAUCCAGUCCAUUUUUGCAGCAGUUGCCUUCUUCUACAGUGGCUACUUGCUGUUGACAUGGCAACUGCUCAUUAUGGUCAUCUUGGGCUUCACUGGAACACUCUGCUUCUUCAUGGGGAAAGAUACAGAACUUCUCCGUAGACCUACAACAAGAGUAUUAGACCCGUUCAUUUUCAACACUGGCACGUCAUGGGAUUGUGUAUAG